AUGCUCGUGGGAACCCUGCGGCGGGAGCUGCCCCGCGGGGUGACUGUGUGCUGCGGCCGGAGGAGCUGCGCGCAGCUCGGCAGCACGAAAUCCGUGUCUUUUUGCCGGCGACGCAGCUUUGGUGGCACGCGGGGGCGCGACGGCGCGACGCCGUGGGAUGUCAGGAAGGGGCUGCCCAAGCACUUGGUUGGGAGGACCGGCAUCCCGGAGGGCUCCGCUGGGGGGAACGGGGUAGCCGACCUGGCGCUGGACCUCGGGCGGCUGCCGGGGCGCCGGCUGCGGGUGGUGUCCGGCGGCAACAAGAAGUACUUCGGGGUGGAUCUGACGAGCGGCGCGCUGCUGGUGAGCGAGCGGAUAGACCGGGAGGAGCUCUGCGGCGCGCUCUCUCCCUGCUCCCUCAGCUUUGAGAUCGUGGUGGAAAACCCGCUGGAGCUGUACAGCGGCGCCGUGGAGAUCCAGGACAUCAAUGACAACGACCCGGUUUUUCCCAGCAGCCAGGCGAGGCUGGAAAUCAGCGAGUCAGUGGCGGGCGGGGGCCGGGCCCCCCGCGAGAGCGCGCAAGACCCCGAUGUGGGGGUUAACUCUUUGCAGACCUACCAGCUCAGCGCCAACCCGCACUUUGCGCUCGACGUGCAGACGAGGGUGGAUGGCAGCAAGUACGCGGAGCUGGUGCUAGAGAAGGAGCUGGACAGGGAGGAGCAACGGGAGCUGCACUUGGUCUUGACCGCGCUGGAUGGAGGCAGCCCGCCGCGGUCGGCCCACGUGCAGAUCCACAUUGAUGUUGUGGACGCCAAUGAUAACGCCCCGGUCUUCAACCAGUCCGCCUACAAGGCAAGCGUGAGGGAGAACACGCCCAGUGGUACCCUGGUCGCCAGGAUCAGUGCAUACGAUCUGGAUGAUGGGCCCAACGGAGACAUCGUCUAUUCCUUCAGCAGCCACACACCUGCCAAGGUACGAGAACUCUUUGCUCUGGACUCAGCCACGGGGGAGUUGAGGGUCAAGGGACAGCUGGACUAUGAGGAAACGAAGCUGUAUGAGAUUUACUUACAGGCGAAAGACAAGGGCGCUGUUCCUGGCAUGGCUCAUUGCAAAGUGCUGGUGGAAGUUGUGGAUGUGAACGACAAUGCUCCAGAGGUGACAGUGACUUCUGUGUACAGCCCCGUGCCUGAAGAUGCAGCCCCAGGGACGGUCGUAGCUCUGCUGAGUGUAACGGACUUGGACUCCCAUGAUAACGGUCUGGUGAACUGCUUCAUUUCUCCUGGGAUCCCGUUCAUGCUCAGCUCCUCCCUCAAAAAUUACUACACAUUGAAAACAAAAGCAGCUCUGGACCGGGAAAAGGCAUCAGAGUAUAACAUCACUAUCACAGCUAGGGACUCGGGCUCACCACCAUUGUCUGCAGUAAAACAGAUCCUGGUGCAGGUGUCAGAUGUCAAUGACAAUGCACCCAAGUCUUCCCAGGACUCCUAUGAUGUCUACGUGCUGGAGAACAACGUGCCUGGCAUCCCCAUCCUUAACGUGAGCGCCACAGACCCGGACCUUGGGCGCAACGCCCAUCUCUCCUAUACCCUCUUGCAGGGUGACCCCACUGUAGGCCACAUCUUCUCCAUCAACCGGGAGAAUGGCACCCUCUACCUGCUCACCUCCCUGGACCACGAGGACCAGGUGGAGUUCAGCAUGAUGGUGCAGGUCCAGGACGGUGGCUCUCCACCUCUGGCCACUAAUGUCUCUGUCAGUGUGUUUGUCACUGACCUCAAUGACAAUGCCCCAACCGUGCUGUACCCUCACCCCAACACCACUGCCACCUAUACUGAUGUGGUGGCACCAGGCACCCCUGCCGGGCACAUGAUCACCAAGGUGGUGGCGGUGGAUGCGGAUGCAGGGUACAAUGCCUGGAUCUCCUAUACCCUGUUGCAGGCCACUGACCCCAGCCUCUUCUCAGUUGGGCUGCACAGUGGGGAGAUCUUCACGGCAAGGCAUGUGACUUUCUAUCUCAUCCUGGCUGUGAUUUUGGUGUCAGCAGCUUUCUUCAUCACCAUGUUGUCAGUGGGCAUCUUCAAGUGCUACAAGUGGAGGCAGUCAAAAGAGCUGUUAAACAGCUCCAGGAGCACCCUGUACAGGACACCAGGGCCUUUCCACCACAUUGAUGCUGUGCGGGGUGGCUUCACACCACCCAACUUCUACCACCAGGUCUAUCUCACCACGGACUCUCGCCAGAGUGAUCUCCUGUGUAAAAAGCCCUUCACUUCCAGCCCCCUGGGGAGCCGCCAGAGCACCAUGAGGAAUGGUGAGCCAGGGCUGUACCACCAGAUCGUGGGCACCACCAGCCGGCUCCCCACCCCUGCCGAGCAAGCUCAGCCUAACACAGACUGGCGCUUCUCUCAGACCCAGAGACCUGGAACGAGUGGCUCCCAGAAUGGAGAGGAAGGUGGAGCCUGGCCGAACAACCAGUUUGACACGGAGAUGCUCCAAGCCAUGAUCCUGGCUUCAGCAAAUGAAGCUGCUGACGGCAACUCGACCCUGGGCGGCGGGACGGGCACCAUGGGGCUGAGCGCCCGCUACGGCCCCCAGUUCACCCUGCAGCACGUCCCCGAUUACCGGCAGAACGUCUACAUCCCGGGCAGCACCGCCACCCUCACCAAUGCCGCCGGCAAGCGCGACGCCAAGAGCGCCGGCUCCUCAGGAGGCAACAAGAAGAAAUCCGGGAAGAAGGAGAAGAAGUAGAGAAGAAGAAGGAGACCUUAGAGCUACAGGGCAGCCGGCUCCAGCACUCCCCCAUACCACAGCCCAGGCCGGAGGACGAAUGUGAAUUUUUUUGUGACGCAAAAAGUAGGAAACAUUGCGAAUGUAUCUCAUCAUCAUCAGAGCUAGGAGCAGGGUCUCGCUGCUGUUAGAUCUCAUGAUGAAAACCAAUCCGGAAGCUAAACCGAACGCAAACAAGUGCCCUGUGAAUACUUGCUAAUGUUUUAUACAAUCCCUCGGGUAUUAGAAUAUGCAAGGGUGGAAGGUCUUCUGCCACGUCUUUGGAUCCGAUUUGCUCCCAGAUAGUCCGAGAAAAGCACAAGGCUUGUGCUCAGCUUUGCCCAGUGUAAAUAAUUUUAAUACGGAUCUUUUAAUUUAUAGACCUUCGAUCAUUUUUUGGAAAGGAAAAGGAAGUUCCUAGCUUAGAGCCCAUGCUCCAGAUCUUUGCUCUUAAACUUUCCAUUAGUAAAAUUCACCCCCAGUUAAAAUGAUAGCGAUGGAUUUGUUGCUGAGAAGUUGGUAGGGAGUGCUUCAGUUCCUGCUUACCUGUUACCCGGAAAAAAAAUAAGUAAGUGUUUAUAUUACAUGAGUCAAAAGGAAUAUGGCAAAGCUGCAUCCUAAACUUUUUUUUUUUUUUGAAAGUGCAACCACUGAUGGCCUGAAAUACGAGACAAAAAAAACCCCUCCUGAUGUCUGAGAGGUAGGGAAUUCAAUGAGGAGCAUGCCGAGGUGUGCGGCAGCUGCCCCAGCGGUUCUAGGGGUCUCCGAAGAGCAGACGCAUCUCAUCCCUUCUUUGCAGUAAAUAUUUAUAUGUACAGUCAAUGUUCUUCUGGAAUUAAAGCUAAGAGAAUCUCACUCCCCUGCAGCCGUCUGGCUGAGUCCCUGCCAAGGGGACCGGGGGACGAUGCUUCACGUUUCUGCACACCGCAUCUGCAUGCACGUCCUUCACCUCACACCUGCACUAGCCCAGUUAGCUCCACGGACCAAGAGAAGUCCUCGCAUGCCCACACAGCGUGGUGUGAACG